AUGGCAAGCACGGACGGGUCUGAAUUUUCUCUGGUCAUGGAUUCAGCUGAUGAUCCACACACGCCUCAGCCUCAGGGGAUCAACAUGUCCCCUCUAUAUAAUCACGCCCCGGUUUCAUAUGUCAUCCAGGUCGACCAGACCCCAACCUUGUCCCUACCGUCACGAUCACAACACCACUCAGGACGUGUCCUCAUUCAUGGAGCGCAUCAUCAAACCGAACCUCGGGAUCCGCAAACCAACGUGGUUUUCUCUCUGAUCUCACCGAUUCUCCAAUAUCCCGAAAUUGCCCGACAUCGCGAUGCCGUUUGUCAAUACCUUCAAGUGCCACCGGACCUAUGGAGAGCACUCUAUACGCCUCGAUUCUCGUCGGCAGUUCAGCAGCAAUUGAGGCAAUACCUGUCGCAGCUCUAUGGCUUACUCCCGGAUGGUCUGUGGGAGCGUGUUGUGACGCUGAGAAACGAAUUUCAUUUCGAGGAUUUGCAGAACUACUUGGUCAAGGUAAUUUCAUCGGUUCAAAUUUCGCAAAAUCGUGCGCGCUCCGCAUCUGGUGCUCCCGGCCAUGAUCGACAAUCCCAGGGAGGCUCUGCCGGCAGGCCGGCACUUCAUCCCUCUUGCGCACCUACCAGGAGCCCGAGCGGUGAAGGUCGAUUCGCAAGUCCUCAGCCAGACCAGGGCAUGCAGACGCGAUCUACCACACCGGUGUCGGCGGUUUACCUUCGAAGUGGCACGAACCCACGAAGCCCUUAUCACGCGGUGAAGGGUCGGGCGCCAGCAGGAUACAAGUACUUCUGUCCGGACGCAAGUUGCACACACCCCGCGUUUUCAAACGCAGGCAAUUAUAAAAACCACAUGGAUCGAAUGCAUGCCCUGUAUCCACCGCACAAUCCAGCGGAUUCGUUGCGACGGGUUUCGUCACGCCACCAAGAUAUCGGGGAUGAAGGGACCUCUUCUGUUGCCACGAAUGCAAGCGACUCACCUCUGUUCCAUCGAAACUCGGGCCAGGAAUUCCGAUCCAUUGGCGAUAUUGUGUCCAGUGUUGGCCAGGAAGGCUUGGAUGCGGACGGCAGCCAUGCCAGGACAAACACAGGAUGGGAAGGUCUUGAACAUGGAGACACUCCUUUAGAGUCCGCACUCGGUGACCGGAGCGCCGAGCCUCUUCCGGCCAGAGUCAAUCCAACGGACCGAGAUCCAGACAGCGUCGGCGAACGGAACGAUCUCUGUCCUCUAGGCCUCUUUGAAUGUUCGUCGACCUCUGACGGGACUAUGUCAUUCGGUAUGUUCCAAGCAUCUUUGAAGGUUCCUGCUGUGAGAACCAAGCAAGUCAUGAACCGGGAAAAGAGCGGUAAUGAUUGA